GGAAGGAAGUACAUCAAACGGUAGUUUUUUUUGUUACUUAGCUGGCAUAGCCUAGGUUAGGCUAACCAACUGUAACCGCUAAGUAGGUGUUGGACGCCUGUAAAAUACGAUUAUUGAUAGCUAGCUACAUUUAUACUCCAAUAACUUAGAGGUUUAUCAUAGUCAGAUUUUAACGCGUUGGACGGUCUUUACGGAGGCAAGAGAUGUCGGCAAGCAGGAUUCCUCCCGAUACGGCAGUAGCAGAAUUGACUUUUUCUUUUCAAGACCAGCUAACCGCGACCAUUCAUAAUGCGUUUGGGGUAGCCGUUGAGAUAGCUGUGGUUGAAAUCACAAAGUUGGUUGGACAGGUGUUAAGGGAUGUGCGGGAUCAAAUGGAUGAAGCACUGCGGGACAACAAAUCCUUAAAGUUUCGCCUUCAAGAGGCCGAAAACGAGUUAUGUUCUGUGCGAAGUGCCCAAGUAGAGCCACAACAAUCUGUUACAAAUGGAGUCAGCGCGACUGCUCAGGUUCAUCAGCUACUAAAUAGUCUGAACGUUUCACACAGUACAACUGCAGAAAAACAAAGUCCAUUCGAAGACCAAGCAACUAGUCCUACAAAUCGACUAGAAUUUGAAACAGAAGUUAAAGACAUAAACGAAUCGUUUUGUGAGAUCGGAGAAGAUGGUCGUGUCUUCACCCAGGAUAUAAAGCCAGAUAUAGAGAGUCCAUCAAUCUCAGACCAGAAAGAGGAUUUUGGAAGUGAAGAUGAUGCAGUGCACAGAAACGAUCCCCGAGUUGUUGAUGCGGAUCCCCGGGUUCAGGUGAAGGUGGAGGCGGCUGAUCAGGGGUGUAACUUAACCUUCAGUCCGUCCAGUGAAACGGAAGAGGAGUAUUGCACAGACAGGCUCUCUGUUGCUCAGUCCAAGUUGCUUGAAGACUGGAGACCAGAGCCUCUUCUGAUGUUAUACAAUGAUCCAGAUUCAUUUGUUCCUUCUACCAGCCAUUCUCUGUCUGAUUCUCCCAACUUCAGCUCAGACAUACCAGACUUGGACAUCUUGUCCUCUCCAGCUGCAGGCGUCCCUCCGUCCUCGACCGUCCCCCCAGCUGCAGGCGUGUCUGUGGCCUUUGCCAAGCCUUUCCCUCCCAGGAACUCGACCGGGGCCUCUCCACCGGGGCCUCACGAGGUCACCAACCGAGUACCCCGGCACACCUGCAAAGUCUGCGGAGAGAAGUUCUUCCUCCCGGAGGAGCUAUCUCGGCAUCGCAGUCUCGUCCACCCCAAAGACCCGAACAAGAACCCCAAACAUAGCCUGUUUCCCCCUGGACGGAGCCCGUACCAUUGCUCUCUGUGCGGCCGGGAUUUCAACCGCAUGGAGCAUCUCAAGAUCCAUCAACGCAUUCAUACCGGGGAGAGGCCCUACGGCUGCAGCGUGUGCAACGCUCGCUUCCGCCACUCCUGGGCUCUGACGAGACAUUUCCGUAUCCACACAGGAGAGAAGCCCUAUGCUUGCAGCCAGUGUGGAAAGACUUUCCGAAAUUGUGGGGGGCUACGUUUUCACCAGCGCUCACACUCCAUGACUGGGAUCGUUUAAUAGGUGUUUUUUUUGUAAAUGUUGAGUAACUCGAACCGUAUUUCAAGCACAUUUUAUUUGUAUAGCCCUUUUUACGAUUAAUCGAUGAUGCUUCACAGUUGUCCACAGUUCAACACAGAUAUCCAGCCUCAAACCUAAAUCCCACCACAGAUCCCAGUAAAAAAGAAAGUAAAGGAAACAAUACAACAACAAUAAAUAAAAACUAUAAUUUUUUUUAUUUAUGAUUUUUUACUGGACAACGGAACAACGGAAGGGUAGAUGUCAGAUUUCAGUGUAAUCAUGUGCAAACCUUUUAAAAUGAAGGAAUACUUUGCAAGUGUUUGCGUUAUGUGGAUGAUCUGGUUAUGUAUUUUUUACAGUAACAGAUAAUAAAAUCCCACUAGAUUGGAAA